CAUCGGGAAGACUUGAGGUAUUCUAUGAUGGUCAAUGGGGCUCUGUUUGUGACGAUGGAUUUGAUAUGAAGGAUGCUAUGGUUGCCUGCAGACAUCUCGGUAUGAAGUUUGAGGGGGCUACGUUUAGAACAGUUGGUGGUGGUACAGGACCUAUAUGGUUGGAUGACAUGGCUUGUGAAGGAAGUGAAAAAUCUUUAUUUACAUGUAGACACAAUGGUUGGGGACGUGAAAACUGUGGUCAUAAUGAAGAUGUUGGUAUAACUUGCGGUGGUUUAUUAAGAACACCAAGUAGAUUACAGAUGUCUUCGAUGAGACAUGUCAAAUUAGUGAAUUCAACUAUUGGCCUUCACAUCACAGGAAUUAUGCCUUCAGCAAUGGAAUAUAUAGAAUCAUUUAGUUCCGAUCAAAAUGGAAUUACCUUCGACAAUCCUUAUAUAUUAAACAUAUCCACUACUGUGUUGAAAAAUAUAAAGACAUUGGACAAUAAGAAAAAUGGGUUGCUAUGGAAAGAAGGCAUAGGGUACAACAUGUCUAAAAUAGAACUUGUUAACGUAAAUUCCAAGGGUAAUCGAGAAUAUGGACUACAUUUCACAGGGACACACCAGGUCAUAAAAGUUAUGGACAGCUUGUUAAAAGAAAACAUAUAUGGUGCAGUUUUCUCAUCUCUCUUAACAUCAUCUUUGCAUUUAGAGUCGACAGAAAUAUCAAGAAACACGCAUGGAGCUCUCUACUCAAAAGCAGUAGCGGAGUUUAACUUCACUAUGGCAAAUUGCAAUAUUGUCAACAAUGGAAUUUCUUCAGACACUUCAAAUAGUACAUUUCAUUUCAGCUCAAAUGGUGAUGAAUAUUACAGUUUACAUUUUUUAAACAACACAUUCAUUCAAAACUUUGGGCGAAUGAUGAUUCGUUAUAAUGAAGAUGACACACAAUACACGUAUGUUCUGUUCAGAAAUAAUACUGUCAUCGACAAUACAGGUAUCGCACUGCAUAUGACAAAAAUUGAUCAUGAGGCGAAAGUUGUGUUCAUUGACAACCAUAUUGAAGGGAAUACAGUGAAAACUGAAACAUCAGGAAAUGGUGCUUGUCUGUUUUCUGCCACGUUCUACAGAGGAGAAUCAUUGAAUUUUGAUUUUGAGAGAAAUAUUGUGGCUAACAACACAGGAUCCAGUCUUUUGCAUAUCACGCCAUAUUACAGCUGGUAUGAUGGCCGUUAUUUGAAAAUAUUGCUGAUGCAGAAUGUAUUCGAGGACAACCAAGUAACAACCUCGAUUGAUGUAAGUGAAAAAGCUUACGAUGUAGAUGCACACUAUAAUAUAUUUCACAACCCCAUGGCAACUUAUGAAGUUAGGUCAUCUGAAAGAAUACCAUUAAUGGGAUAUCAUUUUGAACGAAACUACUGGGGCCCAAGAAAUCUUAGUGAAAUAGAGACGGUAUUAUGGAACCAUCACAA